ACAAAGGUAACCGGCUAAAGACCAGCAUGAGCAAACUGACUGAUGAAGAUGGUGCGCUCAGUGCCAUUUUGGGAGAUAAUGGAAUGAACUUCAGUGUUGGCGCCCUGGGUGAUAUGAAGACGGAGCACGCUGAAGAUGCCAUUGAUUUUGAAGAUGAAGAUGAACUAGCUGAUGAUGAAUUACCCGAGGAGGAACCGGCGCGUAAGCAAGGCACAGGGGGUGAUGGCGGUGAUGAUGAGGAUGAUUUCUUCAAGGCCUUACAAGGAGGGGAUGUUGGGAACGAGACUGGUAAGCAGUUUGACAAGCUCUUUGAGCAGAAGCAUGAUGUUGAUUACGAUGGUUUAGGCUCUUUUGAACAAGUUGAAACGGAUGCAAAGAUUGAGAAGUCAAAACAAGAGGACAAUGAACAGAGGAUGUUUCAGGAGAAGCUGCUGAAAUACUACCAUCCCGCUUUUAAGAAGAACGAGAUACUGAAGAUGAAUACUGUUUUUGCAGCGACUCCCAUAAAUUAUCCAUAUCAACAACCGCAGUAUCUCCAUCCUUUGUUCCCAACAAAGAUAUCACUGGAGGUGGAAACUGACCAGCGCAGAGUAUUCAAGUCUGCCUUUUCAUAUACGCAGAACUCUAACGGGAAGAGAAUCAUUCAUGUUGAUGAGGAUAUCUUUGAGGAUAAAUUAUCUGAAAAAAAGUCUAGAGUGAAAGCAGAUGAGGACUUGGCUCUAGCCACAGUGGAGUGGGAUUAUGAAUUACUCGUUGGUGAUAAGACGGAUGAAGCACCGACGAGUUUACGAAAACAAGAUCUGCCGUAUGAUGAACUAUUCGAGGAUUACCAAGACGACGAUAUAUUUGAAGGACACUUGCCUACAAAGCUCCAACUUGAUCUUAACGAUCCAAACUUACUGUUUGUUGACCAGAAAUCGUUCAAAUCCGGUAACAGAUCUGCUCCGACACUUCCGACCAAUGAUAAGUUACUCCAAACGAGGUUCAAUUUCUCUAAUGAUAAGAAUUAUGAGCUCUUGAAGGAAAAUUACCAUAGCAAGGUCAGAUCAACGCUUGGAAACUUGAAUAUCGAGCAUUCCCAACCUGCAAUAAGGCUACAAUCGCCAUUCUAUAAGGCCAAGUUGUCGAAGGAUGAACUUCGUAGCUUCCACAGACCAAAAUUCAAAGUCAGACCUGGCCAAGUUGUACAGUUCUCCAAGUUGAAGUUGAGGAAAAAGAAGAGAGAUAGAGGUAAAGAUAUAAAGGAGAGCUUCGCAUCCACAACAGAUCUCACUUUAGCAGAUACAGCACAGACCAUCUUAAUGGAGCAUACAGAACAGGUUCCAAUAGUAGUCACUAACUUUGGAAUGGGUAGUAAACUUAUCAACUAUUACAGAAAGACGGACGAAACAGAUACUUCAAGACCAAAGCUGCCUAUAGGUGAAACACAUGUUCUUGGAGUCCAGGAUAAGUCUCCCUUUUGGAACUUUGGUUUUGUCGAGCCAGGGAAUAUCAUUCCAACUUUGUACAACAAACUUAUUAGGGCACCGGUGUUCAAACAAGAUCCGCAAAGUACAGACUUCCUCUUGAUUAAAAGUGUUGGUGGUAAUUCUUCUCAAAGGUAUUUCUUGAAAAAUAUCAAUCAUUUGUUUGUCGUUGGUCAACUCUUACCAGUUGUGGAUAUUCCAGGGCCACAUUCUAGAAAAGUCACUACCGCAAGUAAGAAUAGGCUCAAGGUAAUUGUCUAUAGGGUUUUGAAGAGAAGUCCAGAACAGAGAUUACUGGUGAAGGAUAUCUCUGCACAUUUCCCGGAUCAGAACGACAUGCAAAAUAGACAGAGGUUGAAAGAGUUCAUGGAGUACCAACGUUCAGGUGACGAUCAUGGAUUCUGGAAACUGAAAGAACCUAUGCCAUCUGAUCGCUUGAUCUCUCCAGAGGAUCUGACUCUUUUAGAAUCCAUGCAGGUUGCACAACAAACCCUUGAAGACCUAGAGUUCUAUUCAAGGGAGGAAGUUAAUGAUGAGCUGGCUCUCUGGAACUUGACCAAAAAUUUUAUCAAUGCAACGCAGGGUAAGGCAAUGCUACAAUUGACUGGCGAUCCUGAGGGUAAAAGUAUAUCAUUUUUCAAAACCUCAAUGAAAGGUGGAUUCAAGAGUUUUGAAUCCAAUGGACACAGUUACAACGUUGCAUUGCAACAGAAGGCUUAUGAUGAAGAGAUUUCCAGAGCAUGGUACUCUCAACAGAAAAAACUUUCCGGUAGUGAACCUAUUGUGAACGGAGAAACCCCUGAUGAUGAAGUUGCUCAGAAUUCUGAGCCGCCAAAGUACCUUAAGAUCACCAGAAUGGUGAGAGACACCAACGGUAUCCUCCAGAGAAAGUAUGAGAUUGUUAAAGACCCAGCAGUUAUCAAAGCUUACAUCAAGCGUCGUGAAAAGCUAGAGGAGGAUAUCAUUCCCGAUGAUAUCAAGGUCACCAAUGAUGAGGAAAAAAAUCUGAAAACCAAGAAGAUCUUGAAAGAACGGUUGGCCAAAUUGGAGAAGAAUCAAGAACGCCGUAACCAAAGAAAGGCUCAGAAGGAAAACCUCGGUGGCAAGGGGAUUGGUAAAGGUAAAAGUACUACUAGAAAGUGUGCCACAUGUGGAGCUGUUGGACACAUCAGAACAAAUAAGGCAUGUCCUAUGUACGAUGAAGGAAAUCCAUGAAUGCAAUGACGUUACUAUUAUUGACAU